GACCAAAAACUAAAGUUUUUCGAUUUCAUCGUUUCUCUCUCCCAUUUUGCGAUUCCCCCGAACCCUCCUCCCUCAUAUUCUCUCGAAGUGCCGUCAUGGUGCUUCCGCUCCUCCGCCGCGCAGCGAUCGCACGCACUUCUUCGCUUCUCAGAGCUCGUCUUCUCGCUCCUGCCUCCGGAUUCCACACUCGAUUUUCUAAUGGAGUAUACCACUUGGACGACACGAUUAGAAGCAGUCAUGGUGCUGCGAGGUCUGCCUCGAGAGAUAUGAUUACAAGAAUGGAUAAUAGUCAUCCAAACUCCAUUCUGCGUUUUGGCAUGCAAAACUUCUCAUCAUCAGGACCUGUACCACAGACAGUUCUUACAAUGCCAGCCUUGUCUCCUACAAUGAGUCAUGGUAAUAUUGCGAGAUGGUUGAAGAAAGAAGGUGACAAGGUAGAGGUGGGCGAUGUACUAUGUGAGAUAGAGACAGACAAAGCCACUGUAGAACUUGAGAGUCAGGAAGAAGGAUUUCUGGCCAAGAUUGUAGUAACUGAAGGAUCAAAGGAUAUUCCCGUUAAUGCACCGAUUGCAAUAAUGGUUGAGGAGGAAGAUGACAUUCAAAACGUUUCUGCUACCGUAGAGGAUGGACAAGUUGGUAAAAAGGAAACAUCAGCUCAUCAAGAGAUGAAACCUGAAGAGAGUACACAACAAAAAGAUGCAAUUCAGCCUGAUGCAUCAGAUCUUCCCCCACAUGUUGUCUUAGAAAUGCCAGCACUUUCUCCCACAAUGAACCAAGGUAACAUUGCCAAGUGGUGGAAAAAAGAGGGUGACAAGAUUGAAGUAGGUGAUGUCAUAGGUGAGAUCGAGACUGACAAAGCCACACUGGAAUUUGAAAGCCUUGAAGAAGGGUACUUGGCUAAGAUUCUAAUUCCUGAAGGUUCCAAAGAUGUUGCUGUUGGAAAGCCGAUUGCACUUAUAGUUGAAGAUGCUGAAAGUAUUGAAGCCAUCAAGUCUUCUUCCACAGGUGGUUCUAAAGUUGAGACAGAAAAACAAGCCCCUCCAAGUGUUGUAGAUAAAUCCGGAGGGAAGAAAGCAGGCUUCACAAAGAUAAGUCCUGCAGCAAAGAAUUUGAUUUUAGAACAUGGAUUGGAGGCAUCAUCGAUUGAGGCCUCGGGUCCCUAUGGUACAUUACUGAAAUCAGACGUUGUUGCCGCAAUUGCUUCUGGAAAAGCAUCUAAAAAAUCAGUGUCGACGGAGAAGAAACAGCCGUCGAAGGAGAACAUAACUAAAUCCUCUUCCGUAUCGCGGCCUGAAUCAAAGUCUUCUGUUACAUCAUCAGAUGAUUAUGAAGAUUUUCCCAAUAGUCAAAUUCGCAAGAUUAUAGCUAAACGUUUAUUGGAAUCAAAACAGAAGAUACCCCAUUUGUAUUUAUCAUCAGAUGUUGUAUUGGAUCCUCUUCUUGCAUUCAGAAAAGAACUUCUAGAAAACCAUGGUGUUAAAGUGUCGGUCAAUGACAUAGUUAUUAAAGCAGUGGCAGUCGCAUUGAGGAAUGUACGACAAGCUAAUGCAUUCUGGGAUGCUGAGAAAGGAGAAAUUGUUAUGUGCAAGGAUGUUGACAUUUCAAUAGCAGUUGCAACUGAGAAGGGCUUAAUGACUCCAAUUAUCAGGAAUGCAGACCAGAAAUCUAUUUCUGCUAUUUCCUUAGAGGUUAAGGAGCUGGCACAAAAGGCGCGAUCUGGAAAGCUUGCCCCUCAUGAGUUUCAAGGAGGGACAUUUAGCAUUUCAAACCUUGGAAUGUAUCCUGUAGACCAAUUCUGCGCAAUCAUUAACCCUCCUCAGGCUGGAAUUCUAGCAGUUGGUAGAGGAAAUAAAGUUGUUGAGGCAGUGAUUGGAAUAGAUGGAAUUGAGAGGCCUUCGGUUGUAUCGAAAAUGAAUGUGACACUAUCGGCUGAUCAUCGGAUCUUUGAUGGACAAGUUGGAGCUUCGUUUCUGUCUGAACUGCGUUCAAACUUUGAGGAUGUUCGAAGACUUCUCCUUUGAGAAAGGUUCAGCUGUUGAUCAAAUGAAGUAAUGAACCCUUCCUUGGAUGAUGAUUACUACAUAAUAAACCUUGGACUCACGUGCACAUCCAUAACUGUUGGUUAACAGUACAAGCUCUGAAUCACUUGUUUCAUUUUUUUGUUUCCGAUUACCAAAAAUUUGGUUUUGGUUUACAUUUCUUCUCAUAGAUUCUAUCUUCCUGAGGUAUUCUUGUUUGCCCUGUCCUCUGAGAAAUAAAUAAUUUCAGCUGUCAAUAACAACACCACAACAGUGAGAUGUAAGUUUUUACCAAUCGGAGUCAAUUUGACGCCUCUUUUCUUUAA